CUCUCCUCUAUCCCCAAAAGGGACUCCCUUGUAUUGUGUUUACCCUAGUUUCCCAUCCUGCCGCAUCUCUUUUCGCCGCUGAUUCUCGCGAAAGCGCACCAUGGCUUCAACGCCCGUCGACCGCCAUCUCUCUCUACACGCGGAUCGUGAGGAGGGCCCGACAAGGAACACGGUGUUCCUGGCGUAGUUAAGCUGCUAUUGGAGACACCCUCCGGCUUCGCAAUUUUCUCUUUUGCCGAGGAUUACCUCGACAAAGAUAUCCAGGACAUCUGGACAUACUUCGUUAGUGAAUUUUGGCUUGAAUAUAUCAUCUGGCUUCACGACUUCCAAAUGUUUGAGGACAAAUCCAGUGCCAUUAACCUUACUACCCGGCGAUUAGGCGCCAAACUCGCCCAGAUGAUCAUGAAGUGCUCCUUCUAUGAUGACAAACUAGUUGUUGGAAGGUCUGAAUAUAAAGAAAUAAUUGAAGAAUCACUGGGUCUAACCUGUGUGUACAAUGAUCAUGUGAUGGAGGUGAUGUGGGGUCUGCAGAAUCUCAUGCAUACUUCUUUUCCUGAAGAAAAAUCUAAGAUGUCUAGGGAUGACCAGCUCCUCGUGAGCAAAGGAUUGUAUAUGGUCUUAGAUCGACACGGCAUUAAGAUCAAGGCAGAGAUGCUUAAUGAGCAUAUUAUUAAGAAGACCCGCGAUGUACGUAAUACUGAUUUACGUGAAGAUGCAGUUGCAAUUGUGUUGCACGAAAUGGUUGAUGCCUAUUUCGAGGAGUUUUCUAAAAUUGAUACCGAGGAAUGGAGUUUAUUCAAACUAGCAUUAGCUUUGAAAGUAAUGAUUGAUCCUCAUGGAGGACUUAAAGCUGGUGACCCUUAUGAGAUGUUCACACAUGACGAGUUAAUAGUGAUGGGGCGUGACGCAUCUAAAUAUGAAGGUACUCUUGAUAAGAAAACUGUCUUGGCAAUGUACAAUGACGCUGUUGUUCUCCGUGAGGACAAGAUGGAUUUGCUGUACGAAUUGGACUGCUUGGUUGAGGAGGCUAAAGGAGCACUGGAAACUGAAGAAGUGCUGGAGAAGCUUGCAACAUUAAGUGUUGACUCCAAGCAGCAAACUGACUGUACAUCUUCAACAGCGGUGAGUCUGACAGUACCCAACCAAAGCAGCAUCUAUAAGGAGCAACACUGUCCUAUCACAGCAGAUGCAGAUGGCGCGGAGAUCUCGCCAACCACUCCAGAUGAAGUUACUGCUGAAAGGGAUGCUGUCCGGGAAAAUACACAGGCUCAAGAAACUACUGCUGAAGGAAGAAAGGAGAUCGGUACUGCUGAAGGAAGAAUGAACCUCGGUACUGCUGAAGGAAGAAUGAACCUUGGUACUGCUGGAGGAAGAAUAAACCUCGGUACUGCUGAAGGAAGAAAGGAGCUCAGUCGCAUUAUUGCUCAGAAGGUGCCCCCUUGUCAUUAUCAAGAAUGGAAGCCUCUUCACAUUCCGCAGCUCAUUCCAACCACUCCAUAUGGUGCGGAGAUCUUGCCAACCACUCCAAAUGAAGUUACUGCUGAAAGGAAUGCUGUCCGGGAAAAUACGCAGGCUCAAGAAACUACCGCUGAAGGAAGAAAGGAGAUCGGUCACAUUCUUGGUCAGUAGUUAGCCCUGCGUUGUUAUCUUGACAGUGGUAACUCUCUUCACGACUAGUGUGUUCCACUUCCCGCAACAGACUGCUAGCGUCUCCCACUUCUACUAGUCGCUACCUAAGUUGUUUAGGCGCUUCCACUGAUUACGUUGAUAAUGGCAUGCCUUCUCAGGAGUGCCAAGCUUCUCCUAAUUAUGCCCCUCGACAUUUGUAUUGCCUAGGUACCUAUGAAAUGCUUUUUGUUAUUUGAA